UAAAAAAAAAAAAAAGUAAUUUUAAUAGUUCCCAAAUCUCAAUUCAAAAAAAAGGUUUAUAAUUUUAUUUUAUUUUAAUAUUUUGACUUUUUUUUUUUUACUAAUCAAUUUAAUAAAUAUAUAUAUUAAAUAUUUAUUAAAUUUUUUAUUUAUUUAUUAUUUAUUUAUUUAUUUAUUUUUAUUAUUUUAUAUAUAGAAAUGGCUAGUUCAAAUCAUUUACCAGCUAGAUUGUUUACAAAACAAUCACAAGCUUUAAUUUAUAAUUAUAAAGAAGCAGCAGUUCAAAGAAUGUUGGAUUUUGAUAAUGUUUCACAAAGAGAUACACCAUCGGUUGCGGGUUUAAUUCAUCCAGGGUCAGAUGGAGGUUUAUAUAAAGCUUUCUUUGGCUUUAAAGAGUUGGUUAUUCCUGUAUAUAAUAGUGUUUCAGAAGCAUGUCAACAAUGUCCAAAUGCUGAUGUCUUUUUAAAUUUUGCAUCUCAUCGUUCUGCAUAUCAAUCAUCGCUAUUGGCCUUAAGAGAACCAAGUAUUAGAACUGUAGUUAUUAUUGCUGAAGGUGUCCCAGAAAACGAAGCUCGUUCAUUGAUUGCAAUUGCUAAAAAAGCUGGUAAAGUUAUUAUUGGUCCAGCCACUGUUGGUGGUAUUCAAGCUGGUUCAUUUAAAAUUGGUAAUACUGCCGGUACAAUCGAUAAUAUUAUGGCAUGUAAACUUUAUAGAUCCGGUUCAGUUGGUUUUGUUUCAAAGAGUGGUGGUCUAUCAAAUGAAAUGUAUAAUGUUUUAUCAAGAUGCACAGAUGGUAUAUACGAAGGUAUUGCAAUUGGUGGUGAUGCAUUCCCAGGUUCCACAUUGACUGAUCAUGCACUAAGAUUCGAAAAACUUCCAGAAGUUAAAAUGAUUGUUGUUUUGGGUGAAUUAGGCGGAUGGGAUGAAUAUGGUAUUGUAGAUGCAUUAAAGAAAGGCGAAAUUACUAAGCCAAUAUGUGCAUGGGUUUCUGGAACAGUUGCAAAAAUUUUCCCAACAGAGGUUCAAUUUGGACAUGCUGGUGCAAAAUCUGGUGGUGAAACUGAAAGUGCCGAUGCUAAAAACAAUUCAUUAAGAGAUGCUGGUGCAAUUGUACCAACAUCAUUUGAAGACUUUUCAAAUGUUAUUGCUGCCACCUAUGCCAAAUUACAAAGUAAAGGUUUAGUUAAACCAGUUGAAGAGCCAACACCACCAGAAUUACCAUUAGAUUUCAAGACUGCAGUUAAAGCUGGUAAAGUCAGAAAACCAACAAGCAUUAUUUCAACCAUUUGUGAUGAUCGUGGUGAUGAAUUAUCAUAUGCUGGUGUUCCAAUUUCAGAGGUAUGCAAAGAACAAUAUUGUUUGGGUGAUGUUAUAGGUUUACUAUGGUUUAAAAGAAAGCUUCCACCAUAUGCAUCAAAAUUCUUUGAAAUGUGUUUGAAAUUAGUUGCCGAUCAUGGUCCAGCAGUUAGUGGUGCUCAUAAUACAAUCGUUGCAGCUCGUGCUGGUAAAGACCUUGUAUCCAGUCUUGUUUCAGGUCUCUUAACUAUUGGUCCACGUUUCGGUGGUGCAAUCGAUGAUAGUGCACGUGUAUUCCAAGAUGCCGUUGAUCGUGGCCUCUCACCAGAUCAAUUUGUCGAAGGUAUGAAAUCAAAAGGUAGAAGAAUCCCAGGUAUUGGUCAUUUAAUUAAAUCAGCAACAGACUCUGACAAGAGAGUCAUUAUUUUAAAAGAAUAUGCAUACACUCACUUUACCUCAACUAAAUAUUUAGAAUAUGCAUUAGAAGUAGAAAAAUAUACAUUACAAAAAGCAAACAACUUAAUUUUAAAUGUUGAUGGUUGUAUAGGUGUAUUAUUUUUAGAUUUAUUACAUUCCUCAGGUUUAUUCACUCAACAAGAAAUUAAAGAGAUUAUUGAUAUUGGAUAUUUAAAUGGUUUCUUUAUCGUUGGUAGAACCGUAGGUCUCAUCGGCCAUGCAUUAGAUCAAAAGAGAAAUAAGCAAGGUCUUUAUAGACAUCAAUUUGAUGAUAUUUUAUACGACGUUAAAUUGGGUAAUGGUCCAGAAUAAAAAAAAUAAUAAACCAAUAAAUAAAAAAUUAAAAAUAUAAAUUACAAAAAGUAAUUUUAAUAAAAAAAAUAAUUAAAUAAAUUUAUCAAUUAUAAAAUUUAUCUAAAAUACAAAAUAAUAAACAACAAUUUUUUUUAAUUUUAAAUUUAUAAUAAUAAAAGUAUAAAAUAAUAAAAUUAUAAAAAUGAAAUCACACACAAGAUUGUAAAUACAAAGAAAUAAAAAAAAAGUAAUAAUAAUAAAAAUAAUAAAACCACAAUUCUGUGCUUUUUUUU